CACUCGAGUGCCCCCUGUUGUUGAGGCCCCGGAUCUCCACCAACACAAACACUUGUUCCUGUGUCCAUCGGUUGUAUUAACGUGUUGGUGAUUUUCCUGCCUGAAAAUGAGUUAAACAACUGGAAUUACAACAAUAGAAUCCCUUCGAAAGAUUGCCGAUAAUCAUCGAAAUGGGGUCAUUCGAAUGGAUCAUGAAAAUCGAUUCCCAUUGACUCAACAGGUUUAACAUUUAUCAUCCAUCAAGUGUACAACAUUGCAAAUAUUGAAGGAAGAAAUGAUUCACUGAAAUAUCAUUAUGGAAACCUUCAAAAUUUGGCCUCCCCGCUCUUUAUCCUCUCCCCUCCACCAAUUUGAACGUUUAUCUCUGAUAAAACGGUAUAUUUUCGAUGUGUUCGGUCGACAAGUGGCUGUACCAUACGUGGUAGAAGUUGCGUAGUCUCCCAGCGUGUCCACCAGUUACAACUUGAACGCUGACGUGUAACAUUCCCUGGAGGAAGCACUAAAAUCAAAUUGUUCAUCUUCAGGAUGUGGCGAGCACUGUGGAUUCUUCUAGCCCUCGGAUGCGCUAUCGCUUCGGGGGAGACAACUGGUGACGCUGACGAUGCCAGUGUUGAAGUGGAUCCUGGUGAGAAUAUCGAUGUUAAUAUUCCUGGAUUCGAUAAGAAAAUGCCAUCCCCCGCGGAAUUACUGAAGAUGCUGGACUCGAUGGACUUGUCCGAGGAAGAGAAGGAAAAUCUUCGAGAGAGUUUGUUGAAGAAUUCUGAGGGUUUCAAUAAUGUCGUGGAGGGUUCAGGGGGAUUUCUUCAUCAGGCACUUGUGCUCUUGUCGCUGCUCAGUGUUCUGGCACUUAUUUUUGGGUUCUUCGGGUACAAACUGUACAAGAGUCUUGUGGCGAAGGAACUCAAACGCGAGAUGAAGAGGAAACAGAAAGAGAUGAAGAAGAGAAAGUGAAGGUUCUGUUCUUGUUGAUUCAAUUCCAGAUAUAUUUUUUUAAUUUUGUGGGAUAAUAAUCAAGUGAGAAUUUUGGAGACUGUUGUUUGGAUGUGGAGUUUUUUGAGAGAGCAUUAAAAGAUUGUUUGUUAUUAAGUA